AUGUUAAUGUCCUUGUUCUUUAGACUGAAGAGCCUUCAUACGGAGGCCGACCUCCAGCACUCAGCCUCUGGAGCUCAAAUGUCUUUUCCCAGGACUGUUUUAAACGACUCUGUCAUCGUUCAUCCUCCAGGCUUCUACAUCAUUGGAUUUUUGAAUAUUCCCUCCGUCAACGUCUACUUCAUCUUUCUGACUUUUGUCUACGUGGUCACGGUUGUCUUCAACAGUUUGUUGAUCUAUGUAGUUGUCUCUAAUCGUUGCUUACACACUCCAAAGUUUCUGGCUGUGGUCAACCUGGCAGUGAUCGAUUUGGUCCUGAACACGUGCACGAUUCCCAGCAUGAUAAAGAUAUUUCUCAUGAAGGAUAACUUCAUUCCAUUCAACCUAUGUUUUGUACAAAUGUUUGUGUAUUACACCUGUGGCUCAUUGGAGUCGUACGCUCUUGCUAUACUUGCUUAUGACCGGUUGAUUGCAAUAUGUUUCCCUCUGCGUCAGAACUCGAUCAACACACUACGAAGCAUGACUUGUAUUGUCGGCCUGAAGUGGUGUGUUUGUCUGGCCGCGACAGCAUUUGUAACCAUUAUAAUGACCCGAUUGUCUUUCUGCAGAUCUGUCCGUGUGUUCAGCUACUUCUGUGACUAUGCACCUGUGUUCAGACUUGCCUGUAAUGACUACACCAUGCACUGGUCUGCAGCUUCUGGCAUGACUUUUAUGAGCCUCGGACUUCCCUUGAUCUUUAUUUUUCUGUCUUACCUCAGCAUCCUGGUGACAGUGUUCAGGAUGAAAUCUUUAGGAAGUCGAUUCAAAGCUUUGGCCACGUGUGUUGAACAUUUAAUCCUUGUUACUAUAUUUUACAUUCCUUUACUGGUCAUUUUCCUGAUUGGGUUUUUUCUGAGAGUCAUUGAGCCGGACCAGCGUGUGCUCUGUCUGUCACUGGCCUCCUGCAUCCCCCCCUGCGUGAAUCCUAUUGUAUAUUCAUUGAAAACUAAAGAGAUAAAAGUCAGAGCCCUGGCACUGAUCAGAAAACAUAAAAUCACCACACUACAAAAAAACUAA